AUGCCUGCCUUGCUGGCUGCGAUGCGGUCCUACACCAAGGCCGUUCGUGACGAGGACAGCAAGCCGGUUGGCCUGCGCAAGUUUCUCGACCCCGCCGAGGGCUUCCUUGACCGGCACGCCAAGCCCGCAGCGGCGAGCGAUGACGGCCACUGGCAGGCGCGGCUCGCACAAUUCGCCAAGGACGGGUUCUGGAGAGCGCAUGAGCACGAAAGCCGGUCUGAACCUGAAAUGGCCCCCCGCGUGAUUGCUGACGCCCUGAAGUGCUUGGCGGAAGUUGAAGAGCUUUAUGCGCCGCUGAUUGAGGGUCAUGGCUUGUCCAGUGAAAUCGCGGUGAAGGCGGUGCUCUCGAAGAUGGGCGAACGCGGCUGGAUCAGGAAGCGCCGCCGUAUGGAUGGCGAAUUUCUUAUCAAUUUUGUCCUGCAUACGCUGGCGGGCGCUGUCCUGUUCGCAAUCGUAGCGGCUGCGAUAUGGGGUUUCACCGCGCUGCUUGCUCACUUUGGCGCAUGGGCAGUGCUGGCCAUUCCGCCGGCGGACGUGCAUCGGUUCAUGAUGGUUGCGCUUUUUCACGUCUUAAUGGCCAUGGGCGCGGGGGUGAUUGGGCUUAUGGGCUAUUGGCUUGGCGGGGCGGUCGGCGCGGUGGUGGGCUUCAUUGCCGGAGCGGCGAACGAAGCCGGACGCUUGCUGGUCACGGUGCGCGAAAUGCUCGCCCCUGCCAGCGCCAAUCCCAGCCCGCAACGCAUGAAGUUGGACAAGGCCAUGCGCGACCUUGAGCGGGCGAUUUCGGAGCACGACCGGGCGCGGUCGCCAUAUGCGAAGGCACACGGCAACCGCCGCGCUUGCGUGCCUGUUGAGACCGGCCCGACCAAGGAGACGGCGGCUAAGGUCAACGUGAUGCCGACAUGCUACAUUCAACGCGCUGUGAAGCUGGGUUUGCUGAGCGACGAGAUGGGUCAGGGUGUCGAGGAGUACGGGAUAAUCCGUCACAAGGCGGGCAUGUCGGGGAAGCGCUACAAGACCACGCUGGGGCAGUUUGAGCCGCAAAGCGUUGGCGGGCCAAUUGACGAGGAGGCGAGGGCGCAGGCAUUGGGGCGCUACAUGGAGCUUACGCGCCACUUGACCGCCGCUGAGUUCUUUUCUUUAAGCACGCUCCUUGAGCAGUCGGAGCCACUAGAUAUUGACGCCACGCAGAGCG